GAGGUAGAACAAAGUUGUAUGUGCCGUGCUAAUCUCUCAGUACAUCUUCAAUAGUUUUCCUCAUUGCUAUUUUCAUCAAUUAUAGAGUAUUUCCAAAUACUUUCUCUAAUCAUCAUUACAAACAUUAUCGCUGAAAUAUUAAUAUUGUUAUGGAAAAUUAAAUAAAAAAUAGUUUAAAUGCGAAUAAAUGGUUUUUGUAGAAGUGUUUUGUCGAUGACCGAGGAAAAUAGUUAUUUAUUUUAUAGUUGAUUAAUCGUGUUUAAUAUUGCUGUGCAUAUUGUGUUGAAAAGGACUGUUCUCUUUCUGAGUACCAAAACUUAUGUGAAAGUAAGCAAACCAGAACGAGUGAAAAUCACAGCAUGAUGAGAAAAAAUUGGCCAGUUAAUUUCUAAUGGAGAUAAAUUAGUUUGAAGAAGCAUUUCUUCCGAGGAGUUAUACUUGCUUUUUAUGUUUUAGAUGACUCAUUCAAAAAAGUGAAAUGUAUCAAUGUACAAGCAACUGUGUUCGUACAUCAUGUUGGAAAAAGGGACAAUGAAACCUGUACGAAAAGAAGAACUGGAUUUUAAGUCCUCAAUAUAACGAAUAAGUGUUUGACCACUCUAAAGUUUGACGUUUAGCGGCAAGUGACCUAAAUAUUUUUCCAAAAUUUUACAACAGCAAUAUAAAGACAUCAAAACAAAUUCAGCAAUAUAACUUCUGUGUAUAUUGAGUGAUAUGAAACGUAUAUCUUUGAAAAUAUAAGUUUGAUCACUUGAAAAAAUACUGGAGCAUUUGGAAAGAGAGAAACAAAAAUUCGUUCUUCUGAAUAUAAAGUUUGGAACAACAAAGUUAAACUAAAAUUGUGUUUGUGCAAAUCGCAUAGUAGUGCGCGGUAUAUAAUAAUGUCAACUACAAUGCGAUCUACAUUGCAAACGGUGCCGGAGUCAUUACCCGCUGAUCAUAUAACUAAUCCUCUGGGCACAACUGUCACUUCAACUGCACCAACCGAACCUACAGCCACCAAAUCAUCUCAUUCACACACUAAUACUUCUCUUAAAGGAAGGACAUCAUCAACGAAGGUACUUAUUGAAUUCUAUAUAUUGUUUAUUAUCAAAUAUUUUGGAACUUUUUUUUGGAAUGUUGCUCUCGAAAGGAAGUGUCACUAUUUUUUGAUAGUUCAAUUAAAAGAAUAAGUCAUUUGAUUUUAGACCGAAAAUUUUAUUUAAAAAAAAUUCAAAUGGAACAUUAUUCGUAAAAGCAGUCGGUGAAACUAUGGCUUUUUGAAAUUCUUUGAAAAAAAAAUGAACAAAUUGAUCUAGGUAAAAGAGAAAGAAGGAUCAGUUUAAGGGAUAAGACUCGCUUACAACGUAAAAAAGAUUGCAAAAGUACAAGAUAACUGUAAAAAAUGCAAUCUCUUUCAAACAUAAACAAACACGCGUGCCUACGUUGAAUAUAGUAAAAAAUAAAGCCAUUGAAAUAUAAUUCGUCUGUUGAAGUACAAUUUCAUAAUGAAUAUUAUUAGUUAACAAUAAUAUGUGUCUAUAAAUGUUUUGUUACACAACUUUUGGUGUUUGUGAGUUUCGAUUUUUUUAUUUUCCUAAAAGUCCUCUAAACUGCCAAGACACUUAGGUCGUAAAUACGAAUAAAAAAUUUUGAAAUUUGAAGAUUUUUUUCUCAAAUGCAUAAAUCUCUUGAAGUCUGCCAAAACUAGGGUACUCAAUGAUGAAAUAUUCCAGUUCAAAGCGAUAGAAUAGUAUUACCGCAACCAAACUGCAUUUCCAACGCGUUGGCGGUUGAAUUGAAUACUUUAUCAAAUGAAAUGAAUGGAAUACUUUCAGGAUUGGUUGCUCUUGAAAUUUCAGAUAUUUUCUAUUUUACAGUAUUUUCUAGUACAGAUGUUAAUAACAUUUGAAACUAAAUUAAUAAUUUGAAACUCUGUAUUAGGCGGCAGUCACACUACGCAACAUGUAAAUAAUGAUUGUAAACAUGUUUCCAGUUCCCAUAAGGUCCUGUGUAUUUUUGUUAACAUGGAAAUGUUUCCUGUGGACAAAAUUACGUUGGGCCUUAUUUGAUGAUCUUAAAUUUAAAAUACUUGAAAGUUUUAGAUUUAGGUCAACGAUAAAAUUAUUACAAAAACAAUUUAUGGUCAAAUUUAAUGGACCCGAAAAAUUCGGGCUAAAUUCCUUUGUAAUAUCAUAAUUUAAUUAGUACAAUGUCGAAAAUGUUAAUUAAUUUUUUAUUUCAAAUGUCUAAAAGAAAAAUUACAAAGCUAUUUAAAAAAAAAUGUAACUAGCAUAACCUCUCCGAAGCUUAAAAAGACGAUUUGCAAAUUAUAUAACAAAGAGAUUAUAUAUCGAAUAAAUAAAACAAAUACUUUUCUAAUCUUUCCUAGUUAAUUAUUUAUUCCAUUCAAAAAGUUUUGGGAUAUUUUUACCAUUUUAAUAUGUUAUAAAUAUCACAAAAUUUUUAGUUGUCAUCAUUUUUGGAAUCAAAAAAACAUUUCAUGAUUAUUAUUAUAUAUCACUUUUAUACUAUUCUAUCAGUAAUUGAUAAAAAAGUGAUAUAUAAUAAUAAUCAUGAAAUGUUUUUUUGAUUCCAAAAAUGAUGAUAUAACAAGUAAAAAGUGUGUGAUUGUUAUAAUAUUAACCCUCUAAUGCAAUAAUUUUUCCCAGGGCUGGGAGUACUGGUACUUGGUUGAUUUUUGGCCGUAGAUAUUUAAAAUAAAAAGUUUUACGAGCGUAAAACGGACUUUUCCGCACAAGUAUUUUUUUAAAGUUGAUGUCCUCAAAGUAAUCAUGUAAAAUGACCCAUAAAGUAUAUUUUUAAAUGGAAAAAAGUUGAAAUUAAAAAUUAAAAAGAAGACCAUCAUGGUUGACCAAUCAUUUAACACGGCUAACGAUAAGAAAAUGAUAUAAAAAACCAGAAAAUGCAUUUUGAAAUGAGAAAAGUUGAAAAAAAAAUUCAAAAAAAUAUAGAAAAAAAUCACAUCGAAAAACACGGAUUAACAUGAUAAAAUCGUGUUAAAACAAAUCAAAAAUCCGUUCUAUGAUAACAAGAAAAAAAAAAUCAAAAAAAUCCAAGGGUCCCCCUUGGGUGAAAUUCUAUGACAUCCGAAAAUUACCAGAUGAACUAGUCCAAUUUGGCCCAACUUUUGAUACAUCCAAGGUAUUUACUAAUAGUGACUCCUGGCCAAAUUUGAGCGAAAUCGUUCAAGCGGUUCGAAAGUUAUCGUGGACACAACCAAAAAUCGUAGUUUUUGGGCCAUCAUGGUCGGCCAUCACGUUAUAAACCAUUUAACACUGCCUAAUAUUAUAAAACUAUGUGAGAACGAUACAACAAUCCACUCUAGGUUGAUGAAAAAAGACAUUUUUUUUCGACAUAAUCCAAGGGGGGACCCUUGGGUGAUUUUCCAUGAUGUCCCAAAAGUACCAGAUGAACUGGUCAAAUUUGGCCCAACUUUUGAUACAUCCAAUACAUCCAAGAUAUUUACUAAUUGUGACUCCUGGAAAAAUUUGAGCGAAAUCGCUUGAGCGGUUCGAAAGUUAUCGUGGACACAACAAAAAUUAGCACACUUUUUAUCACGUCGAUCGCUAUACUUUUCUCACACACUUCGUGUGCGGAAAAGUAAAAAUAUUCAUAAUCCUAGAUUUCUCAUGGGUCAGUCAGGAAAUGCGAUUGACAUGAAUCAAAGAACAAUCAAAUCCAUUGUUUAAAAGUGUCAAAAAUGUGUCUAAUUUGAAGUUCGAAUAAUUUAUUUUGUCAAAUUUUUGUUUUUGCACACAUUUUUGUUUAUAACUUUACAAUCACACUACAUAGACAAAUAUUGCCAAAGACAAAAAUAAAGAGAGAACAUUGACCAAUAAAAAUUCUUUUUGAAGCAAUGUGAUCCGAUGUACGGUUUACGUUCUACAGGCGUUCAAAUGUUGCCCGUCUAGGGGCGGUUGUAUGCAUUAGAGGGUUAAAAAAAAGUCUAUAGACUUUGAAACCUAGUAGUCUUUUCUAAAGUUGUCAUUUGUUUUUUUUCUAUAGUAAAUAGAUCAGUUAUAUAUAUUUUGAAUCCUUCAAAAUAAAUUCGAACUUUCUCUCAACUACGUUAAAACCUUGGGAUCACUGCGUUUGAUAUCCAAUGAUUAUUUAUUUAUUUAUUUAUUUAUUUAUUUCACCGCGACUGAAUCAUUUUUAUUUUUGCAAGCGAAUGAAUCCGUAGGGAUUCAUGAGAAACCCUGUUCUUUUCAUACAAUUUGGGGAUAAAAUUUGAUUUGAUAACAUUAAAUUUCAUUUCAAACAAUUAUUGAGGAUUGAUAAAUCGAUUCGAUCAAUAGCUUCGAAUAAUUGGUUAGAGCAUUGUCCCAAUAUUAACACAGACUCGAUGGCUAGCUUUAUCAAAUUUCACAUUACAAUAUAAUAGAUAAUCUGACAAAAUAAACAGUUCGAUAUCUUGCUUUUGUACAUUUAACAAUUAUAGACAAAAGACAACUAAUUUCCAUUAUUAAUGCUACUUGUAAUAAACAAAAAAUUUGUUGAUGCAUUGCCGAAAAGACUAAUGCAGAUUUUGUACUACGUCAAAAUUGUUGGAAAAUUAAAAUAGUUCUUCCAUGAAAUAUCGAUAGAAAUGUUGCCCAUCAUUCUAUCGAAAGUUAAAUCAAGUAAUCGAAAAAAUCUUCAGUAGAGCGGGAACUGAAUAGGCAUAUUUAUUUUAUAUUUUGAAUUUCUAUAGUUUUAAUAUUUUCGUGGUCGCAUAUUCAAUCAAAUAUAAUAUAAAUUUGUUUUUUACAUUCACUGUACGUAUUAUCUAAUAUGUUUUUCAAAGUUUUCGUUGCAAUUGUUUUACUGAUGAAAUUGCGUAAAUUUGCACGCAAAUUGAAAUUUGUACUCAUACUUCAACGCCGUAGUAGUUUCUUUGUUACCACUUUCGAGAAUUGCAAUAUAAUACACAUUCAAAAUCGUCACCUUAAGACUAUUUUUUGUACUUAUCAUUAAGAUCGCACGAUCUAUAACUUGAACAAACUUUCAAAACAUUCAUUCUUGUUGUACAAUUUAUAGAUUUCCUAAACGUUGUGAAGCUUUCAACUAAAAAUAUAACACAAAUACGGCACCGCUUCUGACUUAGUCAACCCAUAAAUACAAGUAGAUCAAUACGACAAAAUUUGCAAAUACAAAUGCACAUGUCAUUAAAAUGUUAUGUGCCCACACUAUAUAUGUGACUUGUGUAUAUGUAUCUAUGUAUACCAAGUAUAAAUGUUACGUUGUUUUUAUUAAAAUAGACAUUUGUUUGUGUUUGUGUGAAUAAACACAAAAAGAGAAGUGAAUAAGUGGUUUGACUGGUCGAUGAAUACUUUUUCUCCGUAGUCAAUUCAUAUUCUUUUUGUUUUUUUUUUUUGGUUUCUCAGUCUAGUAAGUUCACUCACACAGUUCAGGGCGGGAAUAUUCAUUUUUUCACGUUCCACAGUACAUCAUUCAGUAUUCAAUUAUUCAGUGAAAAUUUUCUAAAACUUUUCAAGAACAAAAGAUAAAUAAUCUGAGCUCAAAUUCGAAUUAAGUUUAUUGUAAUGCGCGCGCAUUUUUUAUAUAUGAUUUUUGUGAAUUAUUGUCGUCACUAAUAAUAACACAAAUUAAAGAAACUGUCUUCCGGCAUUAACAUUGCAUCGACAUCAUAAAGUGAUAUCGUGAUUCUAAAUUAUAAAACAAAUAUUGAAAAAAAGCAGUGCAAAAAGAUAAUUAAAACGAUUUAAAAUACUUUUUCUCAAUGAAUAAUGGAAUCAUGUAAUCUCCAGUUGUUAACGAUUACCGUGCUCUUAUGUGUGAUAGUAUGACUGUGUAUACUACCAAAUGUGGGGCGACCUUUGAAUCAGCGUUCUAUCUCACUCUUUCUUUCUAUUUGAUUCAUUCAUUUGAUUUCACGUUAUAGUUUCUGUAAUGAACAAAUUUGGAUUAAAAGUGUCCAAAUUCAUUAAAGUGUGUUAUCAAAGGAAGUAUGUUUUUAUUUCGAAUGUGUUCAACGUGAAUAUAAAGAAAAUCUUGCAAUAAUAAAACCCAUACAUACAAGCCUGUGUAUGCUUCGAUAUUCAUAUGAAGAAGAACUACUUGUGAGAUCAUAAAAAGAGGUGAAACAUGCACAUACACAUACACAUACACAUACAGAUACAUACAAAUACGAAUACAAAUACAAACACAAAUAUAUGAACAUUUUAGUAAUAUUGAAGCAAUGUGGAAAAUGUGAAUGAGAGAAAUUUAUACAAUCACAAAAAGUAAUAUUAAAUUGAAAUUCUGUGUAUUAUCUCCCAUUCUUAUGCGUUUUGAGUUACAGAUUGGUUUUAUAUAUCUUAUGAAAGUGACGAUUGAGCUUUCAAAUCUACAUACUUAUUCAGUUUUUUUAAUUCCGUGAAUGGUAAAUAAUCAUUUGUGAUGCAACGCAUAGCAUGAAAUUUGCUAUUAGAAUUCUGACUUGUUUCACAGAAUUCAAUUUAACAAUGACUCAUGAUGUUAUUAGUUUUACAUUAUUCGAUCGAUCAUUACAGAGAGUACAGAAGGCUAGCAACAAAGAAAAUUUCUUGAACGAAUUUCUUAUAUUUUUCUAUCUUCUUUGAAACAAAUUCCACUUUUACUAUGUGAUUUGUUGUUUUCUUAUGGACUUAUCAAUUGUUGUUACGUUACAUAUGAUAUGUUUUGGACAAAUGAAAUGUACUCUAACAAUUGAAUAUAGAGUACUACUUUUUACUACUCACGCACUGCUAAAAAAUAUGUUGAAAUCAUGCAUUGAAAAUAAGUAAUCUAUAGAUUAUUAUUGAAUUAACACAAAUUAUACAGUCUGUAACUGAAAUCAAACGGUGUAGAAUAAUUCAUUUAUUGAAAUGAUUAAAAACAUUUUCUUCUACAUGCCUAUAAAUAGUGACAAAUGAAUUUGAAAGACAAUAAAAUUUCACAUAAGAACGAAAGAGAAAUUGUGCUUCUAUGAAAUGUUCAUGCGUUCAACGCAUUUUGAUUUGAUUUGAUUUCAUAAUAAAAUAUUGUUUUCAAUAAAAUUCAAAUGGGACAAACAAAUAGCCACGGUGGUAGUAGUGGUAGCGCCGAUAGUAAGCGAGCAUCCAAGCUGAAUACCAAACAUAAUCGUUCAUUUAGUAUCAAGCGGCAUUCCAGUAUAAAGAAGAAAGUUGGCGAUCUUAGUUUAAAGGAGGGAGGAAAAAAUUCUCAUGAUAUAUUGAAAAAUGCAAAGAAUAAAAAAAGUGAAACUCUACCACCUGGUGUUGGCAACUCUUUGUCAAAAAACUUUAAUAACACUCAGCGGACAAUCGACACAUUAGAAGUUGCUCCACAUAGUUUGGAGUGCGACACAACAACUCAUCCACAAUCAAAUUUUAAACAACCUGUCAAAAGCGAUAUGAGCUCAUUGAAAACUAUUACUUCAAAAACUAUAGAAAGCCAAAAUAUACGAACAAACAAUAAUGUUGUCAAUUGUAACAAUAAUAAUGACAUCGCUGUCAACAUAAAUAGUAAUGAAACUAAUUCAAAUAGUGAAAUUUGCGCAACAAUGGCCAAUAAUCGAAAUACUACCAGCCAUGUUGGUUCUUUCAAAAAACCAACAAGUCUUGAAAAAAUCAAACCAAAUAUCAACAGAAAAGAUGUAUAUAUGGUAGCUGAGGGAUAUCAUAAAACGGAUUCAUGUUAUUAUAAAACUCCAGAUGGAGGCUACCAUAAAUUACCACCAGAUUCAUACCAUAAAAUGUCAGAGAUUUGCUACAACAAGUUGCCGGAUGGAAGUUUUAGACGUUUGGUUGACAUUCAGAGUGCAGAUAGUAACAGCAAUAAUGCAAGUGUUGAUGUAGCAAGCACUGGAUCCCAGAAUAAAGUCCGAAACCAAAUGAUCAAGUUCCUGAAAAGAUCGAAAAGCCAUUCACAAGCCACAGCAAAAGAAGCAUAUGUCAAUUAUCGUAAAGAUAUCCGAAGAACCAAAGACAAAGAAAAUCAUGAACUUGAAAUGGUAAAAGAUGGCAACAGUGGGAGCAUUGCUUUACAGAAUACAGUACUAUCUGGACAAACUAAUAGUGGAAAUAAACCUGCAGCCUAUUUUAAAGACAACAAUACUUCCAGUCAACGGAACUCAGCACAUUCAGGAAAUCGAAAAGUAGUGGUCACCAUGAUGGAAAAUGGUGGACUACCAAUUGUAGCAACUAGUAAAAGCAAAUCCCCGAAAAACGAAUAUAAAUCACAUCACCAAAAUUCUGUUCGCGAUAAGGACUCACUCAAACAGGGAUCACCCAAUACGCAAUAUCGGCCAGGAGUCUCCUUGCGAUGGAGACCUGGCGAUGAGCAUAUAGGCAAAUAUAGGCUGUUAAAGACAAUCGGUAAAGGAAACUUUGCCAAAGUGAAAUUGGCAAAACAUGUACCAACCGGAAAAGAAGUGGCUAUCAAAAUUAUAGACAAAACCCAAUUAAACCCCGGGUCGCUACAAAAACUGUUUAGAGAGGUACGAAUCAUGAAAAUGCUCGAUCAUCCAAACAUAGUAAAACUGUUUCAAGUCAUUGAAACAGACAAAACACUAUACCUUGUGAUGGAGUACGCAUCUGGCGGUGAAGUGUUCGAUUACUUGGUUCUACAUGGACGAAUGAAGGAAAAAGAGGCACGUGCCAAAUUUCGACAAAUAGUUUCGGCUGUUCAAUAUUGUCACCAGAAGAAAAUAAUUCACAGAGACUUAAAAGCCGAGAAUUUGCUACUAGAUAGUGAAAUGAAUAUUAAGAUAGCAGACUUCGGAUUCUCCAACGAAUUUACGCCAGGCUCCAAAUUAGAUACAUUUUGUGGUAGCCCACCUUAUGCGGCUCCAGAGCUUUUUCAAGGCAAAAAGUAUGAUGGACCCGAAGUUGAUGUUUGGUCAUUAGGUGUCAUCUUAUACACAUUAGUGAGUGGAUCACUACCCUUUGAUGGCACGACAUUACGUGAGCUACGCGAAAGAGUUCUUAGAGGAAAAUACAGAAUUCCAUUUUAUAUGUCAACUGACUGUGAAAACUUACUCCGCAAAUUCCUUGUACUGAAUCCAACAAAACGUUCUAGUUUAGAAGCAAUUAUGCACGAUAAAUGGAUGAAUAUGGGAUAUGAGUUUGAAGAUGAACUAAAACCAUACACUGAACCAAAACCAGAUUUAAAGGAUCCAAAGCGGAUAGCCUGAAUCUGAUGGAUCUCGAUCAGGUUCAUCACUUUCACUUCGAAAUAUCGCUGGAAAUGACACAGCGGCAGGCAGUGGUGGUGGAGGUACAUCAUCAGUACAAAGUCCAACUCAUCGAGGUGUUCAUCGAAGCAUUUCUGCUUCUAGUACGAAACCAAGUCGUCGGGCCUCGAGUGGUGCUGAAACCUUACGUGUUGGUCCAACAGCUAUUGGGAGUGGUGCCAAUAGUAGCAACAAUAGCGGCACGAAUUCAUCAUCUACUGGAGCUGCUCAACAACAGCCCCCUGGAAAUAACACUGGAACGAAUCCAGUCACCUCAAAGGCUACAACUGGAGCAACAAACAAUGCAAAUAAUUCCACAUUGAAUUCUUCAUCUGCAAAUAGUGGCAGUUCUGUUUCAAACAAUAAUAAUAACAAUUCAAGUUCCAAUAAUCAAAAUGCCUCUGGAAAUAAUGGUGGGAAUGCAAACGCAUCUACCGGUGGAUCAGAUCGCUCAACUUUAAGCAGUAACUUCAAGCGCCAAAAUACAAUCGAUUCAUCCUCCAUAAAGGAAAAUUCAGCUCGUUUAGCGCAGAAUCAACGACCUGCGUCAGCACAACCAAAAGCAGCAUCCUCUACUGAUACUGCAUCGAGCCCAGCAAAGAGUAGAACAACAUCUAAAUUCGAUCCAGCCAAUGGUAAUCAAACAGUUGGUCCAAGCAGUGGAGGUGGAAUAAUGCAGCGGCGCUCAACACGACUAUAUGAGAAAACAUUGUCAUCUGAAAAAACAAGCGUUUUACCCACGGAAUCGAAUUUUGCAACAACAGUAUCUGAGUUAACAAGAGGCAAUUCGAAUGGCGCAGGUAGUGGAAAAGGACACGUGAAGAGUGCAUCCGUAUCUAGCCCUGGCCCAUCAGCCGCAGAAAAUAGUACCACAACUGCCCAACAAUCAGAUUCACUUGGAGCAAG